CCGGGUCACAUCUGCGACCCCUCCUGCUGACGGAGCCCCGAACCCCUGGUGGCUUCCAGUGGAAGCUGAGCCCAGGCUCUGUGGUGAGGCUUGGCGACGGCGGCGGCGGCGGCGGCAGCAGCAAGGAGCCGCUCUGGCCGGUGAGGUGAACCGGGGCUGGGCAGCAGGGCUCGCGGAAGCGCGAGCCAGGAUGGAGGCUGAGGGCAGCACCGCGCCAGCCCGGGCAGCUAGCGGCGAGGGCAGCGACGGCGCCGGCGGGGCCACUCUCAAAGCCCCCAAACAUCUCUGGAGACACGAGCAGCACCACCAGUACCCGCUCCGGCAGUCCCAGUUCCGCCUCCUGCAUGCCCAUCACCACCUGCCCCCUCCGCCGCCGCCCUCGCCCCAGCCCCAGGGUCCGCUGCAGCCGCCGCCGCCGCCCCCUCUGCCGCCGCCCCCGCCACCGCCGGGGGCUGCCCGCGGCCGCUACGCCUCAAGCGGGGCCACCGGCCGCGUCCGGCAUCGUGGCUACUCGGACACCGAGCGCUACCUGUACUGUCGCGCCAUGGACCGCACCUCCUACGCCGUGGAGACCGGCCACCGACCCGGCCUGAAGAAAUCCAGGAUGUCCUGGCCCUCGUCGUUCCAGGGACUUAGGCGCUUUGAUGUGGACAAUGGCACAUCUACGGGACGGAGUCCCUUGGAUCCCAUGACCAGCCCAGGAUCUGGGCUCAUUCUCCAAGCAAAUUUUGUCCACAGCCAACGCCGGGAGUCCUUCCUGUAUCGAUCCGACAGCGACUAUGACCUCUCUCCAAAGUCCAUGUCCCGGAACUCCUCCAUUGCCAGUGAUAUACAUGGAGAUGACUUGAUUGUGACUCCAUUUGCUCAGGUCUUGGCCAGCCUACGAACUGUGCGAAACAACUUUGCUGCAUUAACUAACUUGCAGGACCGAGCGCCCAGCAAAAGAUCACCCAUGUGCAACCAACCAUCCAUCAACAAAGCCACCAUAACAGAGGAGGCCUACCAGAAACUGGCCAGCGAGACCCUGGAGGAGCUGGACUGGUGUCUGGACCAGCUAGAGACGCUGCAGACCAGGCACUCUGUCAGUGAGAUGGCCUCCAACAAGUUUAAAAGGAUGCUGAAUCGGGAGCUCACUCAUCUCUCUGAAAUGAGUCGGUCUGGAAAUCAAGUGUCAGAAUAUAUAUCCAACACUUUCCUAGAUAAGCAACAUGAAGUGGAAAUUCCUUCUCCAACUCAGAAGGAAAAGGAGAAAAAGAAAAGGCCGAUGUCUCAGAUCAGCGGGGUGAAGAAGUUGAUGCACAGCUCUAGUCUGACCAACUCAAGCAUCCCAAGGUUUGGAGUGAAAACCGAACAAGAAGAUGUGCUGGCCAAGGAACUAGAAGAUGUGAACAAAUGGGGUCUUCAUGUUUUCAGAAUAGCAGAAUUAUCUGGGAACCGGCCUCUGACUGUUAUCAUGCACACCAUAUUUCAGGAACGGGAUUUAUUGAAAACAUUUAAAAUUCCAGUAGAUACGUUAAUUACGUAUCUCAUGACCCUGGAAGACCAUUACCAUGCCGACGUGGCCUAUCACAACAACAUCCAUGCUGCAGAUGUCGUCCAGUCGACCCACGUGCUCUUAUCAACACCUGCUCUGGAGGCUGUGUUUACAGAUUUGGAGAUUCUUGCAGCAAUUUUUGCCAGUGCAAUCCAUGAUGUAGAUCACCCUGGUGUGUCCAAUCAAUUUCUGAUCAAUACAAAUUCUGAGCUUGCCUUGAUGUACAAUGACUCCUCUGUCUUGGAGAACCAUCAUUUAGCUGUGGGCUUCAAGUUGCUUCAGGAAGAAAACUGUGACAUUUUCCAGAACUUAACCAAAAAGCAAAGACAAUCUUUAAGGAAAAUGGUCAUUGACAUUGUCCUUGCAACAGAUAUGUCAAAACACAUGAAUCUCCUGGCUGAUUUGAAAACGAUGGUUGAGACUAAGAAAGUUACUAGUUCUGGAGUUCUCCUUCUCGAUAACUACUCUGAUCGGAUUCAGGUCCUUCAGAAUAUGGUGCAUUGCGCAGACCUGAGCAACCCCACCAAGCCACUGCAGCUCUACCGUCAGUGGACAGACCGCAUCAUGGAGGAGUUCUUCCGCCAAGGAGACCGAGAGAGGGAACGUGGCAUGGAGAUCAGCCCCAUGUGUGACAAGCACAACGCAUCUGUGGAAAAGUCACAGGUGGGCUUCAUAGACUACAUCGUGCAUCCUCUCUGGGAGACGUGGGCAGACCUCGUCCAUCCCGACGCCCAGGACAUUUUGGACACUUUGGAGGACAAUCGUGAAUGGUACCAGAGCACAAUCCCCCAGAGCCCCUCUCCUGCACCUGAUGACCCAGAGGAGGGACGGCAGGGUCAACCCGAGAAAUUCCAGUUUGAACUGACCUUAGAGGAGGAUGGCGAGUCGGACACCGAGAAGGACAGCGGCAGCCAAGUGGAGGAAGACACUAGUUGCAGUGACUCCAAGACUCUCUGCACCCAAGACUCCGAGUCGACCGAGAUCCCCCUGGAUGAGCAAGCGGAAGAGGAGGCAGUAGGGGAAGAGGAGAGCCAGCCGGAAGCGUGUGUCAUAGACGACUGUUCACCUGACACGUAACAGGACAAAGGCUGUCAUGCUUUUUUUUUUUCCUUUCUUUUUUUUUUAAGUAGAAAAGUUUGUUUCCAAAGUGCAUGUCACAUGCCACAACCAUGGUCACACCUCACUGUCAUCCGCCAGAACGAUUGUUGAACACAACUGACCUUGAUGAUUCAGUCUGGCGCUCAGGAAUAUCGUAACCAGUUGCUUCACCUCCAUGUUGACAGAGCAACGGGGACACCUUCACGAACAGCAUUUUCAGGAGAUGUCAGCUUGGCAGAGAGCUGGGCACACGCGGAGAAAAUCAACUCCAACACACGUUCGAGGGAGCGUGGCUCAGUGGGCAGCCCUAACGCGGACAGAUUGGGGAGUUGUUAUGUUGCAAUAUUUUCAAAAGUAAAACAAAGGCAUUACACGGAGCAGACGUUAUAGAUGAAGCCGCAGAUGUCAGGAACAGGACAAAGUACAAAUCUGUUACCGCAAGGAAGAUGAGCCACAGAAAUCACAUACUUUUCUAAUUUCAAGUCUUCCUGAUACAUGACUGAAUAAUAGUGCGGUUCACCGAGCUGCACUCACCUCGACAUUUUGUAUGAUAUGUAAAACAGAUUUUUUUGUAGAGCUUACUUUUAUUAUUAAAUGUAUUGAGGUAUUCUAUUUAAAAAAAAACAAACUAUGUUCAGAACUUCAUCUGCCACUGAUUAUUUUUUUCAAAGAAGUAACUUGCAGGUUUUCAGUACAAAUCUGUGCUACACUGGAUAAAUCUAAUUUACAAAUUUUCCUUGCACCUUAGAGUUCAUAGCAAUUAACUGAUUUGUAGUGAUCCAUUGUUUUAUAUACCAAUGACUUCCAUAUUUUAAAACAGAAGAAUAACUUUCUGUUGCAGGAAACCCUUUUUGUAAGUCUUCGUUUGCUUUUUUGUUUCACUCUUGAAGAUAAGUGGACUUGCUCUCCACCAACAUUCUUCAUGGUGUGCAAAGUGAGUCUUUGUUCCGUAAUACUUGGGUGUGCGUUAUUGUCAAAUGUGUCUUAACCCCCAUAGAAACUCAGUCAUCAGUUGGUGUUGUCUGAAGCAAGUGGGAGAUACAUAGAUACCCAGUAGCUAAAAUGGUCAGUCCUUUUUAGAUACCUUCCUGCCUAGUGUCUUCUGAUAACUUUUGGCUGUGUCAAUAGGCGUGCAUUUCACACAUGCGUGUCUUUAUAAUAACCCACACAUUUCAUGCUCACUUCUUUUUUCACAGCCAGCUAGAGUAAGAAAAAUGUUUUUGCCUACAUGCUGCUUUAUUAUUUAACAUGUGUUUGAGCCUCUGUCCAUGUUUGACAGAUGGAGUCUUAUCAAAUAUAUCACCACCAUCUUACUGGUGAAAAGAAACAGGUAGUCAGUUAGGGGUAAGCAUUCUGUUCAACCGCAGGGUUGUAUACCAUGACUAGCUUUUCCUCUUGGGUUAGAGAGAAAAGUUAAUAUUCUUAAAACUGCCUAGCUAGCUCUUAACAAUAUAUUAACGAACUCUCACUACUACGAAUUCUCUUUUGUUUCUGUGAUUGCACCGUGUGAUUAAGAACUAGACGAGGGUGGCCCGGGAAGCAGUUCUAAGUGUGAGGCAGUUGGGUUUUUUUAAUGGAAGCCACGUAGCAAACAGAUUGCCUCAUUACCUGUCAUCCUUCCGUCCACAUGUCUCACAGGGUGAGGCAGAGAAGUCGAUGAUGCCAGUUGUACCAGAGGGUUGCUAAAAGAUUUCUGCCUGAGUGGAAAAGCAGAGAACCACUCUCAACUGUAUUGCAGGUUUAGAAACAAAGCCUCGUGUUGACCUACUGGUAGCCAUUGACAUCAAGGUACAUUUGUUUAGUUUUGAUUUUGCUCCCAUUUUAAUUCUUGAUUAUAGCAAAGAGAUUUUUGGAGCUCAAAGCAAUCACUUCCGCAUUGAUAGCCAAGAGUUUUGAUGAAAGGGGGAUGUAUAACCAAAUCAAAAAUGACAGCUCAAGGAGCUUUGUGGGGACUGGUAAUAAGGCUGUCAGCCAUGGAAGUGACCCAAGCUGAGGACACUAUCCCAAGAGCCAGUUGACACUUAAGUUCUCUUAGGUCUCAAUUUUAGCAUUCUCUCUGCCCUCCAUAAAGGUUAUAAACAAAAGGCUGUGCCCAGACAUUUGGGAACGUGUGCGUGUGUUCCUGAUGGAGAUCUAACAGGAAAGACAAAAUCUUUCCAGAACAUCCCAUUUCCUACUCCCCUACACUUGGUAUUUCCCCCCACAGAGUGCCUAGAAUUAAAAAAAAAAAAUUUUAAAGUAGCAAUAUGUCACAAACCAACCUAAACCUGGAAGGGUUUAUAACUGCACUAAUAGAGGUGUUUUCCCUCUGCUUGUUGGUGUUUAAUGGUACCAUGUUGUAAACAUCCCACCACUGGACAGUUUGUAGAAUAGGUCUAAUUAUCCAAGAGACAGGGACUAAUGAAUGCACUGUACAAUCUGUCGCCCCUCACCAGUUUAGUUUUCUCUUGCCAAGUGUGCUUCAUGAACACACACUGCUUUAAAAACAACAUCCUUUUACAAGUGGCUUUGCAUUUAAGAUUCCAUAAGAAAAUACAAUGUCUGGGUACCGUAUGGGGAAAAAAUGUCCAGGUUUGCCUAAAAGCAACCCAUUUCAGCUUGCAAGUUACUGAAUACAACGAUGCUGUUUUAAUUCUUUUUUUUUUUUCUUUUACAUCAGUUGAAAUCCACAAGAAAAGAAUGUAGCUAGAACAAAUUAAAAAGUCAAAGAAAGGAAAAACUUGAAUGAAAAAAGGGUUUUACAGAAAGCUUUAUGGUAAUUUCUGAAUGCAUUAUUUAUUUUUUUGUGCCAUGCAUUUUUUUCCCUCACCAAAUGACCUUACCUGUAAUACAGUCUUGUUUGUCUGUUUACAACCAUGUAUUUAUUGCAAUGUACAUACUGUAAUGUUAGUUGUAAAUUAUCGGUUCUUAUUAAAACAUCAUCCCGUGCUGGGAUGGUGUUGAUAUAUUUGGAAACUCUUGGUGAGAGAAUGAAUGGUGUGUAUACAUACUCCUUGUACAUGUGCUUUUCUCCUGUAAUAUAGUCUUGUCACCUUAGAGCUUGUUUAUGGAAGAUUCAACAAAAUUAUAAAAUACAUAAAGAUAUAUACAUUUAAAAAACAUAGCUGCAGGUCUUUGGUCCCAGGGCUGUGCCUUAACUUUAAUAUUUUCUUCUGUUUUGCUGCAUUUUCAAAGUAAGAUAAUGGUGGGGCUAAGGCUGGGUAUUUUAAAUCCACGUUUCUGAAUCAUUGGAUAUCUGAAAAUACCUGAAUAACCCCUGGAAGAAUCUACAGUUCUUUUGAGAUGAAAGCUCUUAAGCACUCCUUCCCGUGAAACAGUACUACAGAUGUGCUUUUCGCCUUUUUGUGGAUCAGGAGCUACUUCAAUUUUAUUUAUUUUUUUUUCCUUUCAAACACUAAUGGAGAAACAUUUGUCCAGUGAUGAUUAAAAAAAAAAAAAAAAGGCUUCUGGAGCUCAAAAGAAAGUGAACUUGGUUGGAAUUUGGAGUCAUAGUCACCUGUGCUAGUAUCUGUUAGCUUCCUGUCAACAGAAUAUAAACUAUUAAAAAGUUCAGCUUUUAACCAUAGAGUUUUUUUUUUUUAAAUCAGGGUUGACCAGAUUUCCUUGCGUAUUUGCGAACAAACCCACUAAACACAGAGUUGGGUGUCAUGCCAAUUUGCAUAGCAUAAAAAAUUUGGCAUUCACUAGCAUUUUGUUCACAUAUGUCUGUUUAAGUUUCAUAAUUUAACCUUGCACCAUGCCCAGCUCCUGAAACACUGAAAUAUCUCUAAUGGGCAACAUGGAUGUUUUCCCCCCCCUCUGCCCAGCCCAUGGAAUUUGACUUCAUCAGCAAAGGGAGAGAUUCUUUUUCUAGGAAAUAUGAGCCUCUUAUUUUAUUUUUGACACAAACUGUAGAUUUCAGCAGCCCUGGCCCAAAGGAAUUUGAUUACUUUUGUUUUAAACAGUACAAAGGGGACACUAUAAGUACAAAAAAAAAAAAACAUCCUUACUAAUUUUUGGUUUUUUUAUUUCAUUUUUUGGAUAUGUUUUAAGAGUGGUAAAUUGUGUGUGAGCAUUAUAAAUGAUUCUUUUAGUGGUUUCUUAGCCUCUUACAGCCCAUGGGGAUAGUACUGUACAUCAAUACCUUCCUAUGAAAUUUUUAUAUGCAACAAAAAUAAAAGCAUGGGUUGAUUCUGCCUA